ACAAAUAUAUAUUUCUUAAAUAUAUCUUGUACAAUAACAAAAAAAAAAUUAAAAUUUAUUUAUUUUAAAUGGAUGUUAUACAAAAGGUAGAUCAGGCCACGGUUACUGAAACACCGAAGACUAAGCGCCGGUCCAAGGAGAAAUUAGCGAAAAUUAUUGAAGAUGUUGUGGGUGGUAAAGACGAUGUUAAUGCCGGCUGCACGGGUAAGAAGGGCCAGAAAGUACAUUUGAAGCAAAAGGUAGUGCUACUAUCGGAAGAAAACCAAAAUCUCAGCCAGACUAUAAGCGCUAAGAAUGCUGAAAUAUCUGAUUUGAAACGUUCCGUGCAAUCGCUCAAUGAAGUACUCAAUUCAGUGCCCAUAGAUGAGCUACGCUGCAACUCAUCGAUAGCAAGCUCGAAAUUAUUGGAGUUAAGCAAAAAGAAUCGUCUAUUAAGAGCUGAAUUGGAAACCACUAAGAAUAGAGUUAGUAAAAAAGAGCUGCAAAUACAGAAGCUGGAACGAGAUUUGAAACAUCUCGAGGAUAGGUUUCACAAAGGCAGCACCGACACGAGCAAGGACUCUUCCGAAGAGCUGCGUGGGAAAUUGAUCUCAAUUCAGCAGAAAUUGUUUGAGACGCGUAAUAAAAACACCGAAUUGCAAAAUCAACUGAAACUCGCACAAAAAUGUCUACAACAGGAAAUUGGUGAAAACUUCAACUUGGCAACAAUGGCUUCUCAGGCACAAAAUUCAAACUGGCGAGGACGGGCACAACAAAUACUACACUUGCAACAGAAAGUGCAUGAAUUAAAGGCGCGUUUGGAAAUGGUAGAAAGGCAAUACAGUGACGGCAGCCCCAUUGCCUUUGCGUCCGGGGAAGGCACACAUGCCGAGUUGGCACCUCCAACCUCAGCAAAGAGUGGCGCACGCUCAGCAACCAGCCACGUGGAGGCUCACAUUGCGCCAAAUCUUAGUGCUACCUCCUUCGAUCGUUACAACACAGUAGUACGAAAAACGGAAAUUUUACAUCGAGCUAAAGUUGAAGGUCUGGAAAAAGAAAUCGCUUCACUUAAAGCCCAACUGGAAGAGCAGCGCGGUAAAGUGUUGGCACUUAAGGUUCGUAACAAAACAUUGAAUGACGAAGUAUUGAAGUAUAAGGUGAAAGCGAACACGUUGGAGGAGCAAACCGAUUAUAACGGUCUAAAUCUGGCAAAUAUGAAUGAGAAGAUGAGUGCGCAACGCUAUCACUAUGAGAGUCGCUUGGAAGAGAUGACACGGCAAUUGAACGAUUUGAAACGCCUGCAUAAGGAGGACAGUUUUCGUCAAGAGGAAAUGCGUUUGAAACUGGAAAAUAUGGAAAAUCUGGUGCAAAGCAAAGAAACUUACAUUGAAGAGUUAAAGCAGACCAUAGUCCGCUUGGAAACUGAUCUUAAAGCCUUAUCGGGCGGGUUUCUAUUCUCCUGUCGCGAGUUGCGCAAGGAAGAGUUUAUCACCAUACUCGAUUCGUUGGAAGCCGAGAAAAAUGAGUUGCUUAAACACAACAGAACUCUCACUGAACGGAGUGAACAAGAUCGUUUGAAGAACGAAUCGCUUCAUGAACAGCUGGCCAAGCAGAAAGUACGCAUUUCCCGAAUGGAGGCGCGUAUACGUGAGCUGGAGAGAGAAGUAGAGCUGCAAACGGAACGCAAAAAACGCACACAACGCAUUGCAGACUACGUGAGCAGUGUGAGCUCAGCUGCGUCUAUGGGUACGUUCGUUUUUGAGAAUUCUUCACAAAGUAAUCUGUCGAAUGUGGCAAUCGAUGAAUAUACGCCGGCGCAGGUUUAUCAAAUGAAGCAUGAACUCGAGUAUGCACAGGAAAAGCUUACCUACCUCAACGAGAAAGUCCAACACCUGCAGGAGGAGAAGGAAACCGAUGCUCGCGCUUUUGCUGAUAUUAUCAACAGCUCGAAAAAUAUUGUUUUGGACACGAUUAUGGGUAAUCGCAGUAAUGCUUCCAUUUCUGUGGAGAUCAGCACUGGCAAAUCAGUAUAGCCUGAAGGAAAGCUGGAGUGUUUUUAUUGAUUAUAAAAAAAAUUGCAAAAAUUCUAUUGUUCAAGAACAGUUUUGGCGACCUUCUCUCUUUAAUAAAAAUAAUAAUAAUUGAAA